AUGGAUUUUGCAGAGAUCAGUGAUAUUUGGAUAAGAUGCAUAAGAAAUGAUUCUUUGCUGCAGCCUCUGUGGGACAGCCUGAGGUUCAACUAUAGAGACUAUUUGAGAUCGCCGCUCUUUCCUGUUGUUCUAACUGUUUCUUCCUAUUUUGUUGUAUGCAUCCCUUUUCUUGUCUGUGACAUCAUCGGGGACAAAUGGGCCUGGAUCCAGCAAUACAAAAUCCAGCCCAACCGUCGACCAACAGCCACUACGCUACUUCACUGUGCAGGUGUCACCACGUACAACCAUUUGUUUCUCGUGUUUCCAGCAUCAGUUGCCCAGUGGGCUUGGAGGCCCCCUAUAGACCUGCCAGAUCGGGCUCCGUCAGUGCCAGAGAUAGUAGCUGGAGUGAUUGGCAACCUCCUGCUAUUUGACUUCCAGUACUACAUCUGGCACCUGCUCCAUCACAAGAUCCGCUGGCUGUAUGUCACUUUCCAUGCCAUUCAUCAUAAUUACUCAUCUCCUUUUGCUUUAGCCACCCAGUGUCUUGGGGGAUGGGAACUGGUCACCGUUGGCUUCUGGACCACUCUGAACCCUGUGAUCCUGAGAAGUCAUCUUCUCACCACGUGGAUCUUCAUGGUGCUGCAUGUUUAUGUUUCUGUAGAAGAUCAUUGUGGUUAUGAUUUCCCUUGGUCCACAGCGCGUCUCAUUCCUUUUGGCUUUUAUGGAGGGCCAAACCAUCAUGAUGUGCACCAUCAAAAACCGAGCACCAACUUUGCACCGCACUUCAAACACUGGGACAUAAUAUUUGGCACGCAUGCUGAGUUAAGCCUUCCUCCUGCCACGAAACAGAAAACUACUACACUGCUUAUAGAAUAG